AUGCAAUUAGCAGAAGCUUUGAGAUUAAGAAAGGAUUACUUAUCCAGACUUCAGCAAUUGAAGGAAAGAAUAUCCAACAACUGCGUAGUUCAAGAAGGUGAUAUGCCACCUGAAAGCGUCGAGGAAUUAACCAGAGAGUAUGUUGAGCUAAACACUGAAUUGACUGACUUGAUAUCCAAGAUCAACAUCACAAAUACUCACAUUAAAUUUGCAUUUAGUGAAGACGAAAAUGUCAAAACCUUAACAGAAGCAUUAGCAGAAAGGGACAAACUCAAGCGAGAAGUAGAGAUGCAUAGAUUGGUAGUUACGAAUUGUUCUCAACGGACACAUAUGUAUUCGAGAUCUGAAAUCAAGAUGGUUCGCACAGUUAACGUGAAGGAGGUACAGAAGAAGGUGGACAUGUUAUCCAAAUCUUUGAGAAUAUUAGAUGAUAAGAUACAACACGAGAACUGGUCGAAUGUCAUUUAUGAGGAAGUGCCGGGAAGAUUGGUGUCGUUCUACCGAUGGUUGAGACCACCAAAGGAAGGAGAAAAGACAGAAGGGAUAAUAGAGAACGAAUCUUCGUGA